CUGUAUAACGCGAUUCUGCUGCUGGAACUCCCGCUGCUGUUGACGAAGGCUUCCUUGUGUUGUAGGAACCACCAGAAGACAAGACAACUCCAACAGGAAGAACUAGACAUCCAUUCUGUGUUCUGUGUCACUCAAAUCUAUUCCUUCUGAUACUACAAGCCGUUCUUGUGUCAGUAAGCAGGAGGGGCACUGGAAAGAAAAAAAUUAUAGCCAUGAAGAACCUCGUACUUUUCUCAUUUGUUUUCGUUGUGGGUCUUUUGGUGAUUGAAGGAAAGCAGACGACUGAACGACCGUCAGUGAAUAAUGAAGAAGUGACUGUGAUUGCAAAACCGUUCGAGAACGUAACAGCGUCAGAUGGGGAAGAUAAGGCCGUAACUGACAGUCCCUCAACUACAGAAGGAGGAAAGGCUGCGCUGAGGACGGAUUGUUCAACCCAUCUCAAAAUUGGAAAGCGCAAUGUUCGGGGCUGGUGUAUAACGAAUCCGUGUGGUAGAUAUGGUUUAUGCAUCGAGAUACCAGGGACCUAUCACUGUAUCUGUCAACCAGGGUUCCGUUUCAAUGAGAAGACAUGCGUUGACAUCAACGAAUGUAAGAAAAACAAUGGUGGAUGCCCUUUCCCUUACAGAUGUGUUAACAGACCCGGCUUCCACUACUGUGCUUGCCCCUUCGGGUUUGUAGCAAGACGGAACAUGUGUUACCUUUCGAUACCUCAAAGGAAUCUGAACAUUGCUAUACCCGGUAAUCCAACUGCCAUACCAAAAUAUCAAAUUCUUUAACUAAACUUUUGAACCAUCUGAGAGUGAAUUCUCAAAAUAGACGAGAUGGUCGUAAAUGGAUGUAUAUAUAUUCUUGAUUUUUCCUACGAUUCUCCUCAAUCGAAGCUGACAUGAAAAACAACUAUUAUUAACUAUUAUAUUAUACAUUAUAUAAUGUACUCCUAGAUGCACAUAGUCUAUAUUCUCUCUAUCUGGUAAUAAAACAAAUAACACCGACUUACACAGAACACGGAGAACGCAAUCACCGGCCAAUUGUAAACCAUUCACAGUAGGACAUCUCUGUGAGGUUACCUCCAGAGCAAGUCAUCUCCCUUCUGGAUGACUUCCAUAUGACUUAGGUCAUCUCUCUAUUACGUGAUCACCACAUCAGGUGAUCAUCGCACAAAAUCACGCGAUGACAAUCCCGUGGUCCCAAUAUGUCACUUAUAUACCAAAUCAUUGUUGCAUAUAUUUUAAGAUUUUA